GAAAAUGGUAAAACAAAUAAUUAUAACCCUUGAAUGAGUAGGUGUGUCCAAACUUUUGACUGGUACUGUAUAUCUCAUGAAUGUUUUUACAUUCAGUUACAUGAAGUCACUUUCUUACCACUUCUUCCAUAGGCAAACAUGUAAGGAAAGCUUUUUUUAACUCAAAAGGGAUGCUGCCAAAAAUGUAUUGAAUUCAAAUGGAUUUACCCAGCCUACAAAGCACUACAGCCACUCUGUGAUGACCAGUUCUGCUCUUUUAUUGAGGGAUCUAGUCUGGAUUAAACCUCAUAGGAAGACAGUUUUAUCUUGUGGAGAUUUCAUUCAGGUCUCUGUUUAAUGGGAUUCUCUGUUUGUCUUUGGCAGGAGAGAAACCAGACUCUCACUCUGACAGCGGGAAGAGUCCUUCAGGGGAACCAGACCCAGAGACGCCCAAACCAGCGAGACAACACCACUGCUCCCACUGUGAAAAGAGUUUUUGCUGGUUAAGGAACCUAAAACUGCAUGAGAAGACACACACAGGAAAAAAGCCUUUCCAAUGUUCCCAGUGUGGAAAGAGUUUUACCAUGUUAGCUAACCUGAAAAGGCAUGAGAGAAUACACACAGGAGAAAAGCCUUAUCACUGUUCCCACUGUGGAAUGAGUUUUACUCAGACAGGGCACCUAAAAUCUCAUGAGAGGAUACACACAGGAGAAAAGCCUUUCCAAUGUUCCCAGUGUGGAAAAAGUUUUACUAAGAAAGGGCAAUUAAAAGAGCAUGAGAGAAUACACAAAGGAGAAAAGCCAUUCCAAUGUUCCCAUUGUGGAAAGAGUUUUACUCUAAUAGGAAACCUAAAAAAGCAUGCGAAACUACACACCGGAGAAAUGCCUUUCCAAUGUUCCCAGUGUGAAAAGAGUUUUGCCGUGUUAGCUAACCUGAAAAGGCAUGAGAGAAUACACACAGGAGAAAGGCCUUACCACUGUUCCCACUGUGAAAAGAGGUUUAUUCAGUUAGGGGACCUAAAAGCUCAUGAGAGAAUACACACAGGAGAAAAGCCUUUCCAAUGUUCCCACUGUGAAAAGAGUUUUAUUCAUUUAGGGUACCUAAAAGCUCAUGAGAGGACACACACAGGAGAAAAGUCUUUCCAAUGUUCCCAUUGUGAAAAGACUUUUAGCGUUUUAGCUAACCUGAAAAGGCAUGAGAGAAUACACACUGGAGAAAAGCCUUAUCACUGUUCCCACUGUGGAAUGAGUUUUACUCAGACAGGGCACCUAAAAGCUCACGAGAGGAUGCACACAGGAGAAAAGCCUUUCCAUUGUUCCCAGUGUGGAAAGAGUUUUACUAAGAAAGGUCCGUUAAAACAGCAUGAGAGAAUACACACAGGAUAAAAGCCUUUCCAAUGCUCCCAGUGUGGAAAGCGUUUUACCUGGUUAAGCAGCCUGAAGGAGCAUAAGAAGACACACACCAAAAAAGCCCUACCACUGCUCUCUCUCUGUGUGGAAGGACAUUUUCCCAGUCACAGAACCUGAAAUCACAUGAGAGAAUAAAGGCGCUGUGUUCUGACUUAUAUUUUUGACUGAGAAUUUGUGUUUUUGUUUAUGCCGCAUGAAAUAAUAUUGUUUAUGAUUAUACCUGUCUAUAUAAGGUCCCACAGUUGACAAUGCACGUCAGAGCAAACACCAAGCAAUGAGGUCGAAGAAAUUGUCCAUAGAGCUCCGAGACAGGAUUGUGUCUAGGCACAGAUCUGGGG